AAAACGUGUCAAUUCAAAACCAGGACACUUCCCUUUACUUUUCCUCUUCCAUCCGGCGGCGCUCGUGGAAAACGCUGAGUGCAGUUAUUGCAUGCCUCCAACACCACACCCUGAGAUCACCCCAUUAACGUUAUAUUCAAUUUCCUAUAAAUUUCCUGAUUUAUUCGACAUAUCGUGCAUCCAAUGUCCCGCGUUGUUGCGGAGAAUAUAUUACCUGAGAGAGAUACUUCCGCCUUCUUCGGAUAUUCCAUGGAGCUCUCCUCGGGACUCCCACGCAUCAACCCCGCCUCGACUUCGCUUUCGCUUGGCCAGUUGCUGAAGCGAGUGGGAGACGUUCGGAAGGAGGUUACCGGAGAUGAAACUCCGGUGCAUCCUGUCUUAGUGGACAUCGACGAGCCGCGGUCGAUUCCUUUUGUGCUUUCGUUCAACAACCUUACGUACAGUGUCAAGGUUGGCCGGAAGAUAAGGCUUCCGGCGUUCAUGAGAGGGCCGCGACAGCCACCUGCCGCUGCGGAUUCACUGGAUGGGGAGAGUUUUUUCAGCAGGACGAAGACGCUGCUUAACGAUAUCUCCGGUGAGGCUCGUGAUGGCGAGAUUCUUGCCGUGCUUGGUGCCAGUGGGUCAGGGAAGUCAACACUCAUUGACGCUCUGGCUAACAGAAUGGCGAAAGGGAGCUUGAAAGGGACUGUCACUCUAAACGGUGAAGCUAUGGAGUCGCGGAUGCUGAAAGUGAUUUCCGCUUACGUGAUGCAGGAUGAUUUGCUGUUUCCGAUGCUUACGGUGGAAGAAACGUUGAUGUUCGCUGCCGAAUUCCGACUUCCUCGGACUUUAUCCAAAUCCAAAAAGAAGAUGCGUGUUCAAGCUCUAAUCGAUCAAUUAGGCCUCAGAAACGCCGCUAAAACCGUUAUUGGAGAUGAAGGUCACCGUGGUGUCUCCGGUGGAGAACGCCGCCGAGUCUCCAUUGGGAUCGACAUAAUCCAUGAUCCCAUUAUCCUCUUUCUGGAUGAACCCACUUCAGGGCUGGACUCAACCAGCGCAUUCAUGGUGGUGAAGGUUCUGCAGAGGAUUGCACAGAGUGGGAGCAUAGUGAUAAUGUCGAUUCACCAGCCGAGUUAUCGGAUUCUGGGGUUACUGGACCGUUUGAUAUUUUUAUCCCGAGGGCAGACUGUAUACAGUGGUUCUCCGAUUCACCUUCCUCUGUUUUUCUCCGAAUUUGGGCAUCCAAUCCCAGAGAACGAGAACAAAACGGAGUUCGCACUGGACCUAAUUCGCGAGCUCGAAGGAUCUCCUGGAGGAACGAAAAGUCUAGUCGAAUUCAACAAAUCUUGGGAAAACAUGAAACACCCAAGAAACACUGAACCAGCCGAGCAGCAAGGUCUGUCCCUGAAGGAAGCAAUAAGCGCCAGCAUUUCCAGAGGGAAAUUAGUUCCCGGCGCCACCAACGACGCCAGCUCCUCUUCCAUGGUGCCAACAUUUGCAAACCCAUUUUGGAAAGAAAUGGUGGUGUUGUCAAAAAGGUCCGUAACCAACGGCCGGAGGAUGCCGGAGCUGUUCGGAAUCAGAUUGGGUGCUGUUUUGGUUACCGGAUUUAUUCUCGCAACAAUGUUUUGGCGACUUGAUAAUUCCCCCAAAGGAGUGCAAGAAAGGUUAGGAUUCUUCGCCUUCGCCAUGUCCACCACAUUCUACACCUGCGCCGACGCACUUCCCGUCUUCCUCCAAGAACGACACAUUUUCAUGAGAGAAACCGCCUAUAACGCUUACCGGAGAUCAUCCUACUGCUUAUCCAACGCCUUGGUAGCCUUACCUGGAUUAAUUUUCCUCUCACUUGCUUUCUCCGCCACCACAUUUUGGGCAGUUGGACUUGAUGGUGGAUUUUCUGGAUUCUUGUUUUAUUUCCUAAUCAUCUUAGCCGCAUUCUGGGCCGGAAGUUCAUUCGUCACAUUCCUCUCCGGUGUCGUCCCCCACGUGAUGCUCGGCUACACCAUCGUCGUAGCCAUUUUAGCCUACUUCCUACUCUUUAGCGGCUUCUUCAUCAACCGUGACCGGAUCCCACCGUAUUGGAUCUGGUUCCAUUACAUGUCCCUGGUUAAGUACCCAUACGAGGCAGUUCUGCAGAAUGAAUUCAACGACCCGAUUAAAUGCUUCGUCAGGGGAGUUCAGAUCUUCGAUAACACGCCGUUGCGUGCAGUUCCAACGUCCAUGAAAGUGAAGCUGUUGCAAAGUAUGAGCAAUACAAUUGGAGUUCCAAUUACGAGCUCAACAUGCCUGACAACCGGGCACGACAUCCUGCAGCAGCAAGGAAUCACUGAUCUGAGUAAGUGGAAUUGCCUGUGGGUGACAAUAGCAUGGGGAUUCUUGUUCAGGAUUCUAUUUUACUUUUCUUUGUUGAUGGGAAGCAAGAACAAGAGGCGGUGAAGGGAAGCUAAGGUUCUGUUUGGCGGGAAGAGAGAUGUUCUAUUCUUGUUAUUAUUAUUAUUUUUUUCUUUUGGUUAAUUUGAUUUGUAUGUUUGUAACUUGGAACUACCAGGUGGGUGGAGAUGAGUAGUUCAAGUUCUGGUGUAAAACUUUUGCAUAUAGUAUUUAGUAGUACUAUAUUUACGAAGUGCCAAAUAAUUAUUCUUUCUUUUG